UUGCUGAUAUAUUGUAUUCCUGCGCGUCGUAAGUGAGAAUCCGUGAGAGCUCAGCUUCUAGCAUAUGUGUUGAGCCCUCAUUGAAAAUGCCUGCACCUACGACAGAAUCAAAUCAAAUACAGAUGGGGACAGGUGAUAACAACGACAGCGAUGUGAUUGAAGUGCAGAAAAACACUGUGACUCUCGAAAUUCUUCGUAUCAUAAAGGACGCCCAGCAGAAACAUGGUCUACGUCAUGGUGACUACCAGCGCUACCGCGGUUACUGCAGCCGCCGCCUUCGACGCCUGCGCAAGUCCUUGCACUGGGUGCAGGGCAGCAGCAAGCACCGCUAUGUCGGAAAGCCGGUCACCGCUGAGGCCCUGGAGAAAGGGAGCGAUGGCCUACGUUUGAUCUUGCUGCCUUUGGUGCAGUGCGAACGAGCAUGGGCCCAUGCGAUGCAACUGAGGCAGGAGUCAAACACGGAGCCCCGCAAGCGGUUCCAUCUGUUGGGACGCUUGCGUAAGGCAGUGAAGCAUGCCAACAUCCUCACGAGCCUCUGUGAAGCAUGGUCCCAGUGUGAUGCCCGUACCCGCCUGGAAGCCCAGGCUUACGAUGCAUGGAUGCAGGGUGCUUUGGCUUUUGAGUUGCAGCAGUGGGGACCUGCUCUGGAGAGCUAUGGACGAGCACAGGCCAUCUACGAGCGACUGGCCCAUGCCAUGGCAGGAGAGGCAGACCGCACACUUUUCCUGCAACGCCUGGAAGAGCUGAGUCCCAGUCUGCGUUACUGUGCCUACAACAUCGGGGAUGAGUCGGCGGCAGCCGACCUACAGCGGAUGCGCCUUCAAGGCACGGGCUCUGCAGAUCUUGACCACUUGGUGGCGCAGACACGUGAGAAACAGGCACGUUCCCUGUCGGAGGUGGAGUGGCUCGGACGUCGCCUGCCAGUUCGUCAGGAGAAGGUGCGCCUGUUUCUGUGUGCUGCCAAGGAAGCACCGAAGGAAGCCCAGCAGGCACCCGACCUCGAUGCACGAAUUGCUCUGCUGGAGCGACUCUUGCUUGACUGCAAGGAUGCCAUACAGGUGGUACGUGAAGAGCUACGUACGACCGAAGCGGGCCGCAAUGUUGGCGGUCCAGUCAGCGAGCUGCAGCUCCUGCACUCGUACCUGCAGUGGACGCGACAAAAGACCACAGUAGAGCGUAAUCUUCUUCUGGUGCAACAGCUGCAGGAGGGAGGACCGAGGAAGCCCCUUGACCUUCUGCGUCCGUACGAAGUCAUUGUGCAGAACCUGAAUGAAGCGCUUCAGCUGCCCGGAGUGGAAGAGGGAAGUGAAUUUGCGGAAAAAGUGGGCAGUGAACUGCUGUGCUACAAGGCGUACAGGGCACAUCACGUGGGUCAGGCACUGGCUGCUGCUGGCCGUCGCCUGGAAGCUGUGGCUCUCUUUCACAGAGGCCUGCAGUACGCCAAGCAGGCGCUGGCACGAUCCCAGCUUCUACCGGAGGAGACUGUGGGUCCGCUCAAGGAGCUGGAGACCCUGCUGGAGGGCCAGAAGUAUUCUGUGCAUGCUGACAGCCUCCUUGGAGCUGCUGCACAGCCAGCUGCAGCACCAGAUGUCGAAACUAAGUUUCUACUAGACCGUUUGGAUACCUACAUGGAGGACAGCAGGCUAUUAGGAAAGAAUCCCAAUAUUGCCCCCUUCCCUCCAGAUAUGGAACCAAUAGCAUGCAAACCCCUUUUCUUUGACCUGGCACUGAACCACAUAGAGUUUCCUUCCCUGGAAGAUGUGGCUGAAAGCAAGAAGGGUCAAGGCCUCACUGGUCUUGUACGUGGCUGGCUUGGAGGAUGGAAGUCUUAAUAAAUGCCUCCCUGACAUGUUUGGUUA